AUGUUUCUGCCACUCAUUUGGUGGCUUUGGUUUGCUGUGGCCCGGGCCCAAGUUACAUGUGAAGGUGAUGCCUGUGAAGCCGAAACAGCAGCACUCCUGCAACUCCAAAAAGGGCUUGAGAAGUGGCACUUUGGUGGCAUCGUUCCCGGAGAUUCUGACUACCAGCGCUUGGAGGGUGCGGCUAUGCCAGAGAUUCCUCUAUUUGGCGGCAAACUGCCCGUAGAAUUUGACGCUCGCGAAGCCUGGCCACACUGCAAGCACGUGGUAAAUCACAUUCGCGAUCAGAGCAAUUGCGGAUCUUGCUGGGCAGUGGGAAGCGUUUCAACUUUCAACGAUCGCCUUUGCAUUCUCAAAGGUGACACCAAGACCAUCCUCUCAGCUGAUGACCCACUUGCGAAUUGCAACAGCACGAUCGAAGGCUCUUCGCUGCCCACCUGUGUGAAGCCAGUUCAAGGUGGUUGCUUUGGGGGCCAAUUGGAAUUUGUUUGGAAGUGGUAUGUAGAAGCGGGCGCUGUGAGCGGAGCUGGAUUUGUGAAGGCAGACAAGCAUCCUGGGUCCACAUGCGCACCAUAUCCCUUUCCUCCUUGUAAUAGUCCAGCCUACGCAGGGCAGCCGGAAUGCCAGACAAAUUUCAAAACACCUGCUCCUUUCAGCCAAUGUGACCAUCCCUUCAAAACACCAUAUUUGCAUAACAAAGUCAAAGCUACAAGUUGGUACAAAGUCCCACGGAAGAAGAUCCAAGAGGAGAUCAUGGCACGAGGACCCGUCAGUUGCCAAGUGCUAGCUACUUGCUCCAUGAAGGACUACACUGGUGGAGUGUACGUACCCUCGGGCCGAGUUUGCGGUGGCCACGUGAUGCGCAUUGUUGGGUGGGGAGUCGAAGCUGGAAAGGACUAUUGGUGGGUAGCGAAUUCUUGGGGGCCUCAUUGGGGGCUCGGCGGCUUUAUCAAAUGGAUCCGUGGGUUUGACGCGCAAGGAAUCGAGAGUGGCGUGGUUGCUGGCAUCUGUUGA